ACGACAUAUCUGAAGCUGCGCGUGUUGGCUGAUCGCGGGUGUGUGUUUGUGGGCCAUGGGCUCAAGAAGGACUUCCGCAUCAUCAACAUGAUAGUCCCGCCCCAUCAGGUGAUUGACACAGUGGAGUUGUUCUACAUGCCCCGUCAGCGUCGCGUGUCUCUGCGGUUUCUCGCGUGGUUUCUGCUGCGCAUGGACAUCCAGGAGAGUGUCCAUGACUCAGUGGAGGAUGCUCGCACGGCUCUGUUUCUCUAUGAGGUGCGGCGUGUGGACGACGGUUAG